AUGGUAGAUACCAUACUCACAACGACCGGUCACGCUUCGCCUCUCGCACAACUCGUCCUUUUCGUUUAUCGACUUCUGGGCACACAGUUCGGUCUGGAUCCGUCAAUGGUACUGGCCAUUUUAGGUUUCGUAUGGGGUGCCUUGAAGAUUGGUUCCCAGAUCUAUGACUCUAUUCAGCGAUUUGUUGACGACUAUCUCAUGUGCGCCAUGUAUGUCUCUGAAGACGACCACAUAUAUAUGCAUCUGAUGAAAUGGUUAUCUCACCAUCCGAGUAUAAAAAACAACCAAUAUCUUAUGGCUCAAACCGUUUGGAAGAGCGCUUGGGAGGAAGAGGACGAACUAGAAGGCGCACUAUUCUGGACGAAUGGUGGCGAAGUUGACGGUGGCGAUAACAUGUACCUGAACUUUUCUAAUCAAGCAGCUAAAUCGAGUCCUAGAUUUGUUCCUGCUAUGGGUUCAACGGCAUUUUGGCACAAGGGAACAUAUUUCAGAGUCUAUCGGAAGAAGGAGUCGUUCGUCAAUACUCACUCAUGGGGAGGCCCGAUGAAGGAUCUCGAAGAGGUUAGGAUCUCGUGCUUUGGACGCUCAAUAGACCCCAUCAAACAAUUACUAUCGGAUGCCAAAGCCCUGUAUUACAAUGACACUCGUCAAAAAACAACCAUCUACCGCCCGAGGGUCAAGGAGCAGCGGCGAGACCAUAACAUGUGGCAGCAAGUGGCACGACGCCCUGUAAGACCCAUGUCAACAGUUGUGCUAGAUUCUUGCGAAAAACAUGAUAUUCUGUCCGACAUCAACGAGUAUCUGCAUCCUUCGACGCCACGAUGGUACGCAUCUCGUGGAAUUCCGUUGAGGCGAGGUUAUCUCUUCCAUGGACCACCAGGCACCGGCAAGACCAGCUUUUCCUUUGCAUUAGCGGGCGUAUUUGGCAUUGAUAUCUAUGUCAUUAGUCUGCAGGACCCCGGCGUGAACGAAGAAGACUUGGCGACAUUAUUCACUAAACUGCCACGAAGAUGCAUAGUCCUUCUGGAAGAUAUUGAUACCGCAGGCCUGCGACGAGACCCCAGUGCAGAGAACGAGGAUAAAGCAGAAGAUGAUAAAAGCGAAGACAAGAACAAAAAGGAUAAAAAAAAGAAGCAAAAGCGCAAGGCGGAGACCAGUGAUAGCGAGUCGGAGAGCGAACCAGAAAGGAAGCCGAAGAAGCGAAGCUCUAGAAAGAAGGGCUUCGGCAAGAGUAAUCCUGCAGCUUUGGAAGGCAUAUCUUUAUCCGGACUUCUGAAUGCUAUUGACGGCGUCGCAUCUCACGAAGGCCGAAUUCUCAUUAUGACGACCAAUAAACCCGAGGCUCUUGAUGAGGCAUUGAUUCGCCCUGGAAGAGUAGACGUUCAAGUCAAUUUCAGCAAUGCCACCAGCGUCCAGGCCGGUGAGCUCUUCCAUCGAAUGUAUGAGGCGUCUCGCAUGAAGGAGACGACAAAGACGGUAAACGGCACGGCAAGAGUGGAAGAGGUGGUAGAAAAGACGAACGACCAGCCAACAGCCAGGCACUGUCUUGAUGAAUUAGACUCUGUCACAGCUGAAGAUAUGAAAGAGAUAGCGGAGGAGUUUGGUCGAAGAAUCCCAGAAGGCAUCUUCUCCCCGGCAGAGAUCCAAGGGUUCCUCCUCAAGCGCAAAAAGUUCCCGCGCCGAGCGCUGGACGAGGUAUCAGAAUGGGUGGAGGCUUCACUGCGACAGAAAGAGGCGAAUUCCAAAGUCUUGACCGUUCAAUGA